GAAGCACUUGCAAGUGAUUCGUCAAAUGGGCUUUGAAUUUCCAUACUGCAAGCCCUAACGCACAUGAGUUUACAACAGCCACUGGUUGAGCUGUCUCCACUUGUUUGUUCGACUUCAGACACCUAGAGAGUAAUUGCUGGACCUCGGCUUGAGCUUGCCCCAACUUCACUCCAGACAAUCGGUGUUUUCGGCCGUAUCCUUGACUCGACAAAACAACAAUCUGCUACAUAAUCUUCAUAGCUUUCACGUACAUUUCAGACUGAAUCGCAAACAUAUCGCAAUACAACACAUCCUACGCUUCCUACCACAGCGUCAGUAGCCCUCCAACAAUGCCUCUUGAUCGCUAUCAAUACCUCAGCAAUGUCUGGAGAGACGGCCUCUUUGACAAUAAGGUCAUCUUCUGCACUGGUGGUGCGGGCUCGAUAUGUUCAGCUCAAGUCCGAGCACUGGUCCACCUCGGUGCCAAUGCCUGCAUUGUUGGGCGCAACGUUGAGAAGACAGAGAACAUGGCCAAGGAUAUCGCAACUGCACGAAAGGGUGCCAAAGUUAUUGGUAUCGGUGCUGUGGAUGUGAGGAAGCCAGAGCUGCUACAGGCUGCCGCAGACAGAUGUGCAAAGGAGUUGGGGAGCAUUGACUUCGUAAUUGCUGGUGCAGCUGGCAACUUCCUCGCGCCCAUGGACCAGAUAUCCCCGAAUGCUAUGAAGUCGGUCAUCGAUAUCGAUGUACUGGGCUCGUACAACACAGUAAAGGCCACACUACCGUACCUGGUUGAAUCUGCGACCAGACACAAAACGGAUGGACACACUCCACCAGCUAACGGGACUGGCGGCAGGAUCGUUUUCGUCAGCGCGACCCUACACUACUCCGGUACACCCCUGCAGAGCCAUGUGUCUGUUGCGAAGGCUGGUGUUGAUGCUAUGGCUAUAUCCGUAGCCAUCGAGCAGGGACCAAAGGGCAUCACCUCGAACAUCAUCGCACCCGGACCUAUCGCGGAUACAGAAGGCGUGGCUCGUCUCUCCAAGUCGGAUCACCGCGAAAAGUCAUACAAGGGCAUACCGUCUGGUCGCUAUGGAACCGUCAAGGAAAUUGCCGAUGCCACAGUAUACCUCUUCUCGGAUGCCGGUAACUAUGUGAACGGUGAGACGCUGGUUGUGGAUGGUGGUCAAUGGCAUACCGCAGGACUUGCGAAUGGUUUCGCUUAUCCGGACUUCUUGCUCUCAGGCGACGCCGUUACCGGUGUUGCUGGCGGAAAGAAGUCGAAGCUGUAAACAUACAUUACCAAAUCAAUCUGCUCGUACUAUCUUUUUAUGGCUAC